UUUGUGAUCGCAUUGAGCAUUGCCAACUUCCUGCAAUAUCAUAACCCAACCCUUGAUAACUCCCAGUAACCGCGUCAGUGCCUGAUUUAACCCGCAGUAUUGACCCCAAGUAAUGAUCCUUUCUCAGGGGCACAACAUCUUCAGUAACCUGACCUCGUCUCAGUACUCCAAGGUCAUGAAUGUGCUCAAGCUCUCCAUCUUGGCCACAGACCUCACUGUCUACUUCCAACUGCGCUCUCAGUUCUUCCCUCUGGUGGCUGAUGGCCAGUUCGACGCCAGCAUCAGAGAGCACCGGGACCUCCUGCGGUCCCUUCUGAUGACCGCCUGUGAUAUCGCCGCCUCCACCAAGCCCUGGGACAUACAGUUCAAGGUAGCCAAACUGGUGACGUCUGAGUUCUUCGACCAGGGGGACUUGGAGAAGAGCAAGCUGAAGAUCACGCCGCCAGCGCUCAUGGACAGAGAUCGCAAACAUGAACUGCCACUUCUGCAGAUGCGCUGGAUCAAGGAUAUCUGUCUCCCACUCUUUGAGGGACUGACGAAGGUGAACCUCAAGAUAGCACCCAUGAGAGACGGAGCGGCGAAGAACAUGGCCAAGUGGUCCAAACUGGCCGCCUCCCUCGAGAACGGCGCCUCCGAUCUCCUCGACCCUCCAGACAUACCGCCUCGGGUUCCUGACGGAUAGUCCACGUUGAGCUGCUGGAAGAACCAAGUCUGCUGCCUACUGUGAGCCGAAGGAGGGUGACAACGACGACCGCUAUGUUGGCCAUGUUGCUGCUGUAUUCAUCAGUGGCGUGAGCUUCAUACACAGCAGAAACACCGAUGUGUCGGGGGGAGGGAUUAUGUUUAAUGGAUUGCGAUGUGAAUAUUGAGGUAAAGAUGUUUAAUUAAAUGAGGGAUCAGCAGCUGCAGAAGGGACGUAUCUUUGGGCGUGUUGAAGUGUACACUGCUACAAGACCCGUCGAAGAGGCCUUAUGUACGUGUGAUUACACUCUUAUGUACUUUUUAUAUGUGUUUACAUAUCGAUGAGUGAAGUACACAGCGCGUGACCAGUUGACAACGACGCUCAGCUGUAGAUCAACUCCAGAGACCCCCCCCCCCUUACAUGGUAGAGAAGAAGAACACGUGAUUGACAGCGAUCGUUACCCCCUUAAAUAGCCAUAGUAGACCUCAUGCUUGGUUCCUCCACGACCUUUGACCCCCGGGGGAAGGAGAAGACCAUCAUUAAUGGAUCUUCCUGACCCCAGGAGCUGGAGGUCGCAGGUACAGCUCGCACAAUGUUAAAAAUACUGUAUUUAACAACUUUCCUGAAUGUGACGAUCACCAUUACUUACCUACAUUAUAUAUA